AUGUCGCCGCAGACUGUUGCUGCUGCUGUUGUUGUUGGAAUACGGACUGCGGCUGCGGUCGUUGCGGGACCCAUUGCCUCUGCGCCGGUCCCGAUGGUAUCGGCAUUUGGCGUACGCGGGAGAACGCCUGUGGACGUUUCGAGAACGUUCGCUUCUGUAAUCACAAACACAACGAGCAUUUCCCUACCAGUAGCAGCGGGAUUCGUCGUCACCGAUUCAACCAUGAGAAGCCAAGUUCCACGUGGAUCCUCUCCCCACUGUUGGACUGAAAGGAAUGGCCAUUUGUGGAAUCCGUUGGCAUUGAAAUCUUGUGGACGUGGUGGGAGAAGGACGGAUCGAGUGCCGGACGGUGAGAAUAGAGUACAUAUAUGUUGUUCUGGAACAGUCUUCCACGUCUUCGCCAUAUUCACAAGUGCUCCUCCAUCCAUGAGUCCAUAUCCAAACUUGUUGCUCACCAUCCUUCCAACUCCAUUUCUCGACCAUCCCGGAUUGUUUUCGAGUGGCUUCCAGUUGGCAGUUCGGAGGACAAGAUGUUGCAUAUCUCUCCAUGUCAAUUCUGGAUUCGCUUCGAGAGCAAGAGCUAUUAUUCCAGCGGCGAGAGGCGCAGACGCAGAUGUUCCCGUAUGUUUGUCGGUACACCCUCCAGGAACGUCGACUGUGACAAUAGCUGGUUGA